AUGCCGCCUCCCAACUCGGCAUCUCACGGAACCCCUACCUUAUCCCCCACAACACCUGCGCCCGAGCCGUUGUCGAGAAGAUCGUCGAUCCCCAACUCCCCGAUCUUGGCGGAGAGUGAGAACGCCCAUGACGAGAAUGUGAACUUCCUGCGAUCGCGUGCUCUUCUAUAUAAUCCGCUACUCCCCUCGCUGAGUCGGCACCGCCGUCGCCGAUAUCAAACUUCGCAUCCGUUCCCGAUGGAAGACGAGGAUCGGAUGGAGCUGGACGACCCCAAUGAUCUCCGCCUGUCCGUCGAACUCAACCGUCGCAUCCCCAUCAUCCGUCGCCAUCGCGACGAUCCCGGCGACAUGCCCAACUACGAUGGCCGCCGCUCGACCUCUCGCUCAUCAUAUGGAUGGGCUCCGGGGUCAGACAACGAAGACGAGGACCGCCGGGGCGACGACUCCGAUGAUGACCAGGUCCAGCCAUUCCUCCACGCCGCCCCAUAUCGCAGUGCCUCGUCAAAUCGACCGCGCCGCAUGCUCCCUCCUCCAGCCCCACGGACUACAGAACCCCAUACUCCAUCCUUGCCCCGCGACUUCUAUGGACGAAAUCAGUCAGAAGAUUACGGCCCGCUCGAACCGCCCAAUCGGUGGGUAGGGACUCCGUCAGAUGAUGAAUCUCGAAGUACAACGCGAUCUCGAAUAGUAGAUAAUGUGUCACUUCCCGCGAUGGAAUCGCUGCUACAGUCGGCUCGGCGAAAUCCGAGGCUUGCCCGGACUCGGACGCUGGAGAACUAUCUGUUGGACCGGCAUUCAAAUCGUUCCAAUGAUGAAUCCGAUGAGGCAGACCGCACUCGAGGCUUCUCAUCGCGCGGACUCCGAUUUCGACCGACUCGCGGGGAUUCUCAUCGACACCUCACCCAUAGCGAAUUGCGAGCCCGGGCGGCUACCCAUCGACAGUUGCACUCGGCCACCCCGGGCGACUCCCUUUUGAAAGACACGAUCGGCUAUCUCGACCGUCUCCGCUACUCUGGCUCCCUUGAGGAGAGCAUUAACUCUGCCGCUGCCACUGGGGUCAUCUCCUUAGAAGGCUUCUCAUGGAAGGACAGUGAUUUCAUCUUGGACACCAACACCAUCACACCGCCAGCGCCGUGUUCUUGGCUGCGCCCCGGGGUCGUUUUCUCGGGCUGUCAACGAGCUGCGAAUACAGGCUCGACGGUCCUAUCCCGGCGCGUGCCCAGCCCACAUGCACCGAGCGACCCUGUGAUUGUCAACGGCAGUGACAGCACUCGCAUUAAUGUGAUCACGACCAAUGGACGGCAGUAUCUUGCCAAUGCCCGAGACGAGAAUUGGCCUGUCAAAGUUACGAUUCAUAAUAUCAACUAUAGCGACAUGACCCUGUCUGGGACAAUGGAAGCUUACAAUAUCCCGGAUAAGACGUCGCCUACCCACGAUGCGCAUAUUGUAACAUUCCUGGAAGGUGAAAUUAUUGACUUUAACAAACACACGCUCGAAACCAAAAAUUUCAAGGCGGAUGCGGAUAUCGACAGCACCUACUGGCGGGAGUUGCAGCCAUUCAAGGAUCUUCCCGACUCCGAGAUCGCCAGGAAACUUGUGAGUCGAAAGUGGGUUACCGAGGAACUUGCUAAGCGGUGGAUUUUGAUGCGCUGGAAGGAACGGUGUUUCAUCACUCCAACCGACUCCCGGCAGGGUCUUACAAUUUCUGGAUUCUACUAUAUUUCACUUCGUCGUGACGAUGGCCACAUUGAUGGCCUAUAUUACGACCCGGGAAGCUCGCCUUACCAGCAGCUUUCCCUGCAACCGGAGAUGGCGAAAAUGAUCCGCCCAUCGUAUACGUUCCGAUAG